AGAGACGUAAUAGCCAUGGCCAUUGCUUCACUGUAGUGUUGUAGAAUGUGUGUAAUGUUCCUGAAUUGACGUUGGAGCUCUGAUCACUCGUUUUCCUAGCUUCUAAUAUGCGAAGCAUAAUAAAUCAUCUGUAAUUUCUCGUUGAAUUAUCUGAGCUUUGUAGGGCGAGUUUGAAUGGCCGCGAUUGAAGGCGCAUUGCCGUUUUCCGCGGCGUCGGUCGUCGUGGAUGUGCUGCAGCAGCACGGCAGCCGAUCACGCGGCCUCGAUUUUGAUGCUCGCGGCGCCGAAGAAGCCGCGAUAAGAAGAUACGAAGCUGCAGCGUGGCUGAGGAAACUGGUUGGAGUAGUGGCGGCAAAAGAUCUGCCAGCGGAGCCUUCUGAGGAAGAAUUUAGGCUUGGAUUAAGAAGUGGAAUAAUUCUCUGCAAUGCACUCAAUAAAGUUCAAGCUGGAGCUGUGCAAAAGGUUGUUGAAAGCUCAUCCGAUGCAGUGCUCGUUCCUGAUGGUGCUGCGUUAUCUGCAUUUCAGUACUUUGAGAAUGUGAGGAACUUUCUUGUUGCGGUGGAAGAGAUGGGAAUGCCUACUUUUGAGGCUUCUGAUUUGGAGCAGGGAGGAAAUUCUUCGAGGGUGGUGAAUUGUGUUUUGGCUCUUAAGUCCUACAGCGAAUGGCAUAAGUCGGGAGGAAACGGGGUCUGGAAAUUUGGUGGAAAUGUUAGAGAAAGUACAUUGAGAAAGCAAUUUGCAGGGAAAAAAUAUGAGCCUUUCACAGGUUCCAUAUUAAGGAUCACGUCUAUAAACGAGAAAGGUCAGACUGCCACGUGCAAUGAGCAAGAUUCUAACAGAACUUCUACUGCAUCCUUGAGUAUGCUUGUUCGAGCGGUUUUAUUGGACAAAAAGCCUGAAGAAGUGCCAAAUCUUGUUGAGUCUGUAUUGUGUAAGGUUGUGGAGCAGUUUGAGAGUCGAAUCAGAAGCCAAUUUGAACCGAAGAUAGCAUGCUUUAGGGACUCGAUUAUUUAUCAGGGCAACAAAUGUUUCGUGAAUCCCUCUUCGCCCCGUGGGAAGAAGGCUGAACAGAAGAAUGAUAUGUCACAGAAGAACAAGAUCGAUGAAGAAGCAGAACGAAGAUUUAUGAACCAGCACUUGAUUGUUGAUCAGCAACAUCAGGACAUUGCGGUGCUCAAGCAAACUCUUCUGACUACAAAAGCAGGCUUGCAGUUCAUGCAAUUGAAAUUUCAUGAAGAAGUUGAAAAUCUUGGCCUCCAUAUUCGUGGACUAGCUUAUGCUGCUUCUAAUCAUCAUAGAGUUCUUGACGAAAACCGGAAACUUUAUAAUCAAGUUCAGGACCUAAAGGGAAACAUUAGGGUCUAUUGCCGUGUGAAGCCAUUCUUGCCCGGACAAUAUGAUCAUUUGAGUACCGUCGAUCAUAUCGAAGAAGGAACCAUAUGCAUAAACACUCUAGCAAAGAAUGGGAAAGGGCGCAAAUCUUUCAACUUUAACAAAGUAUUUGGACCUUCUGCAACUCAAGAGGAGGUAUUUUCGGACACGCAGCCACUAAUAAGAUCGGUCCUUGAUGGUUACAACGUCUGCAUAUUUGCUUACGGCCAAACUGGUUCAGGAAAGACUUUCACCAUGACCGGACCUAGGGACCUCACGGAGCAUAGUCAGGGAGUGAACUACAGAGCUUUACGUGAUCUGUUCAUGCUUGCCGACCAAAGAAAGGAUAGUUUCUUAUACGAAGUCUCUGUUCAAAUGCUAGAGAUUUACAACGAACAAGUCAGAGAUCUACUGUCUUCAGAUGGUUCAAGCAGAAGAUUAGAAAUUCGAAACAGUUCCCAGAUGGGAGUCAGUGUACCAGAUGCAAGCUUGGUUCGUGUCGCCUCAACAUCUGACAUUAUCGAUCUAAUGAAUCUUGGACACAAGAACCGGGCUGUGGGUGCAACAGCACUCAAUGAGCGUAGUAGUCGCUCACACAGUUGUUUAACAGUUCAUGUCCAAGGAAGAGACUUGACUACCGGUAGCUCCCUCCGAGGCUGCAUGCAUUUAGUCGAUCUGGCCGGGAGUGAGAGAGUCGACAAAUCAGAAGUAACCGGCGACAGACUCAAAGAGGCUCAGCACAUUAACAGAUCUCUUUCUGCAUUGGGUGAUGUGAUCUCCUCCCUUGCCCAAAAGAGCUCACAUGUCCCCUACAGGAAUAGCAAACUCACUCAACUGCUCCAAGACUCACUCGGAGGGCAAGCCAAGACAUUGAUGUUUGUCCACAUAAACCCGAAGCCUGAUGCCGUAGGAGAGACCAUCAGCACACUUAAAUUUGCUGAGCGGGUCGCCUCCGUUGAACUUGGUGCUGCACGAAUGAACAAGGACUCUGCAGAUGUCAAGGAACUCAAGGAACAGAUUGCCGGUUUGAAGGCUGCCUUGCAAGAAAAGACAUCUGGCAGUGGCAUGCGCCUAUCUCCUUAUCAACAUACAUCAAACAGUAGAGAUGUGAGCCUGACGUCGCCACCAGGGCUCCGGAAACCAAUAGAAGACGUGACCAAUGUAAAGGCUCAUCACAGACGCUCAGGGAAAAACAGACAGAGCUUGGAUCUAAACGAGCUCCUCGGUAAUUCACCUAGCUGGUCAUCUGCAAACAGCUCCAGAAAAAGCAAUGUAGAUGAAUAUGAUGAUAGAGAGUUCUGCUCUGGUGAGUGGGUGGACAAGCUCAUGGUGAACAAGCAAGAUCCGUUUUGUGGAGUAGACGAUCUCAUGACUAGUUGGGAUCCGAGCAACAGCAACGUGUCCGAUGCCAUUCGUCAGAAAUAUCCACCUGACAAGCCAUUUGGCCUAUUCCAAACAAACAACCAGUUUGAUGCCGGUGACAAUGAUGACGUGGACGAGCUCGACGCUGGGACCAGCGACUCUUCCGAACGGGAUUUGCUCUGGCAGUUAAACCAUUCCAGGCGUGUGAGCUUUGCUAGUGGAGGGAGUCCAAAUGUGCAGAAGCCUAUUCACAAACACACCAAAAGCCCAGAAUUCAGGAGCAUGAUUCCUAGAUUCGGACCGUCACCACCAUCGAGGAAAUCUGUGAAUGGAGUUGGAAAUGGACAGCCACCAUUGCGGGUGGGAAGGCAGGCUACUACUGAAACGAAGCUGAAAACAGGCAGUGGAAAAUAGAAGUUUUAUCUUUUUUUUUAUUUUACAAUGAGAUGAGGCAGAGAAUGUGUAGUUUCUGAUUUUUUUUAAUAUUGAAAAAAAAAUCUGCUCAUACACAACACAGGCCAACACAGCAAUAAUUCCAGCUGCUUGGAUUGAAAGAACUUUUUUUGGGUUUUUGCUUUGGUUGUUAUUUGUCUUUCAACAAUGAUAUAUGUAUGAUUAAAUUUAUUAAAUAUUUCAUUUUUAUCCUA